AUGCUCCUGCGAUCACUCGGCAAUUUACACUACAACGAAGCACCAGCCAUGAUCUCCCCCGAGGUCAUGCAAGAGCUUCUCGCAGUGAGAAGGGUACUCCAUUAUCUACCGGAGUCACAGUAUACCGAGAAGGGAUGGACGCCUCACGAGCAGCAACUCUUCUGGGUUGCGGUCAGUAAAUACCCACAGGGCCCAUGGUCAGCCAUCGCCAAGUACAUCGGUACCAAGACAACACGACAAGCCAUGACGCACGCGCAAAAGUUGCGACAAAAGCUCAAGCGCUGGAACUCUCGCCUUCGCAGAAACCCGGCUGUGAGCUCCCUUAUGGAUGAAGUCGUCGUCACGGCGAGUGGUAACGUAGCGUUUCCAGUAUCAGCUAAUAGGACGCCGAGCGCCAAUCCAUACAACAUUUCUCCGACCGGUUCCCUCACUCCGGUUACAACGCCUUCGACAGUACAGCAGAGAAGCGUUAGAGCUCCCAAUGACGUUCCAACUGACCUUGAGAGCAAGGACCACGAACAGCAUGGCAUACGCUGUUCUCCAGAAAGCUAUGUGUCUGUGCCAGCUUCAACCGGCCAGGUCCACCACGGACGAUAUAAAAACCCAGGUCGGCUCCCAACGCGUUUCACAUUCGGUCGCUAUCCUCAGUCUCAAGGUCCAAUAUCAACAAGGCAUAAUUCUUCUGAAGAUCACACACUACCAACUUCCAUUCCACACGAAUUUGUGGAUGAAUUAGCCAAAUCCUUACUGGAAGAAGAUAAUGCCGACAACGACGACACCAGAAAAGAACUAAAGGAAAUUAACGAUUAA